AUGAGCAGCUCCCGCUUCAGCUUCGGCGCCUACGACGAGUACCUCCAGACGCAGCCGAGCGGUGCGUCGCAGUCCCAAGCAUCUCAGUCGUUCCCCUACACGCAGCAGUCGCAAUCGCCCUACACGUUCGUCGACGCCGAGCCGAGCGCCGAGGCGUCGUAUUAUGACCAAUACCAAGCGCCGACGCCCUCGUCGUCGUCGUAUUUCGACCAAUCCACGAUCGCGAAAAACGAAUCGAGUUUGCACCAAUCAGAAGACGACAUGGGCCCUACUUUCCAGCAGCUCACGUUUGACGAGUCACUUGAGGAAGAUACUUUUGAAGCCCCAAGCCAACGAGCCAAGGACCUCCCACCUCAUGCCUGUGCCUACUGCGGGCUCCACGAUCCCGCGUCGGUCGUCAAGUGCGUGGCCUCGGACAAGUGGUUCUGCAACUCGCGCGGGAACACGAGCGGCUCGCACAUUAUCCAGCACUUGGUCCGGAGCAAGCACAAGGAAGUGUCGCUGCACCCGAUGUCGCCCUUGGGCGAGACGGUGCUCGAGUGCUACAAUUGUGGCUGUCGUAACGCCUUCCUCUUGGGCUUUAUUCCUGCUAAGCAAGACUCGGUCGUGGUCUUGCUCUGUCGCGACCCUUGUCUGCAGAUAAAUGCGUUGAAAGACAUGAGCUGGGACAUGUCGCAAUGGUUACCGAUCAUUGACGACCGCAGUUUCUUGCCGUGGUUGGUGAAAAUGCCAUCGGAACAUGAACAGCUCCGAGCACGGCAGAUCACGUCGAGUCAGAUUGCGAAAUUAGAAGAACUGUGGCGCGAUAAUCCAUUGGCGACGGUGGAAGAGCUGAAUCGGCCAGGGAUUGAUGAUGAACCGGUCAAGGUCUCGUCAACGUACGAUGACGGGUACCAGUACCAGAACAUUUUCGGACCUUUGGUGAAAAUGGAGUCGGACUAUGACAAGAAGAUGAAGGAAGCCCAGACACAAGACGGUGUGAUUGUGCGGUGGGAUACGGGUCUCAACAAAAAACGCAAUGCGAUCUUUACGUGUUCGCGACCGGAUUCGGAUUUAAGACUGGUCCCGGGAGACGAGAUCCGGCUGCGGUUGGGGCCGACGGCAAGCUUGCUGUAUGGGAAAGACUGGGAAGGCACUGGUCACGUGCUUCGGCUGGAAGAGUCGGAAGUCGCACUUGAAAUGCGUAGCCAUAAUGUGCCGCUCGAGAUUGCUGACGGCUAUUUGGUCGACUUUAUUUGGAAGUCAACAUCGUUUGACCGCAUGCAGGCUGCAAUGAAAAUGUUUGCGGUGGACGAUACGUCGCUCACGGGGUAUUUGUACCACAAAAUCUUGGGUCAUGUGGUCGACGUGCAACCUUUGCGUAUUCCGCGCUCCGUCGGCACGCAUUAUUCGGCUCCUGGACUUCCCGAGUUGAAUCCGCCGCAGAUGGAAGCAGUGAAAGGUGUGCUGGAGCAGCCAUUGAGUUUGAUUCAAGGUCCUCCUGGCACAGGAAAGACAGUGACGUCAGCUUCCAUCGUGUUCCACAUGUCGAAACAAAACAUGGGCCAAGUGUUGGUGACAGCGCCCAGUAAUAUCGCUGUGGAUCACCUGACGAUGAAGAUUAGUGCAACGGGACUUCGUGUGGUUCGUCUCGCAGCCAAAAGUCGUGAGGCCGUGGCGUCUUCGGUGGAACAUCUGUCAUUGCACGCAAUGAUCAAGUCGCUGGACUCGCCAGAUAGGGCAGAUCUGCGCAAACUCAUGCAACUGAAGGACGACCAGGGUGAAUUGUCGUCACAGGAUGAAAAGCGGUUCAAGUCGCUGAAACGUCAGGCCGAGCGCGAGAUCUUGCAAGCUGCAGACGUCAUUUGUACGACGUGUGUCGGUGCAGGUGAUCCACGGUUGUCGAACUUCCGUUUUCGCCAAGUACUGAUCGACGAAGCUACGCAGGCUACAGAACCCGAGUGCCUGAUCCCGAUUGUUCAGGGUGCGAAGCAUGUGGUGAUGGUGGGCGACCAUCGCCAGCUAGGCCCUGUCGUCAUGAACAAGAAGGCAGCAAAUGCUGGAUUGAACCAGUCGCUUUUCGAUCGUCUGCUGCUGCUCAACCACCGUCCGUUCCGCCUGCGUGUGCAGUAUCGCAUGCACCCUUGCCUAUCUGAGUUUCCCUCGAACCAGUUUUACGAAGGCGAGUUACAGAAUGGUGUGUCUGCGAGUGAACGUCAGCUGUCUAGGGUCGAUUUUCCGUGGCCGAAUCCGAACAAGCCGACGUUCUUUUACAUUUGCCUGGGCGCGGAAGAAAUCAGUUCGUCCGGUACGAGUUACUUGAAUCGCACGGAGGCCAGUAAUGUCGAGAAGAUCGUUACGACGUUCCUGAAGGCUGGAGUGCUGCCUUCACAGAUCGGUGUUGUUACACCGUAUGAGGGCCAGCGUGCUUAUGUGGUUAGCUACAUGCAGCGUAAUGGUCCCAUGCGCUCUCAGUUGUACAAGGAUGUUGAAGUGGCGAGCGUGGACUCUUUCCAAGGCCGAGAGAAGGACCUGAUCAUUCUGUCAUGCGUACGCUCGAACGAGAAUCAGGGUAUAGGUUUUUUGAGUGACAAGCGCCGUCUGAACGUGGCUCUUACGCGUGCGAAGUACGGCGUUAUCGUGUUGGGCAACCCACGAGUUUUGGCGAAACAGAUGCUCUGGAACACGCUGCUGAACCACUACCGCGACAAUCAGCUCAUUGUGGAAGGACCGCUGAACAAUUUGACACCCUCGCACAUGCAGUUCCCCCCACCGCGACACCAGGGACGUGGCGCUCCCCGCAACAGUAGCAGCCUUAAUCGCCAACGUGAGUCGUUGCCGCCGCUCGACUCGCGCUUUGACCCGCGCUACGACCAAUCGGGAGGGCUUCCUUUCGACUUGCCUGGGGCUGGCGGACUGCCCCAGCAGCGUGGAGGUUUGCGCCAUGAACAAGACAGUUACGUGACGGAGUCCAUGGGCUCGUUUACGCAGGACGGCAUGAUUCAUUCGUCUAUUGGAUUGACCGACCCGUUCACGCAGACAGCUCAGACACAGUCUUUUAGUCAAGGGUCGAGUGAUAAGUUUGGUAUGUCUCAAGACAGCUUCAUGUACGAGCAUGACUACAAGUCGCAGAACAUCCCGAUGUCUCAAGACACUCGCAAUACCGACCGUAACUUCUAUUAA